CCCGUCGGGUCGUUUUGAGACAACGAUGGACUUGGAGCAGCAGGCACAAGAGAUGGCCGAGAAGGCUCUUGCUUCUCUUCCCCCUGCAGCAAGGGCAGCAAAGUUGGAGACGGUGAAGGCUGGUAUUCUGAAGCGCUUGCAAGCGACACAAGCUGCCGCUUCCCCUCCUCCACCUCCAGCUGUAGCUCCGCCACCACCAGAACCUGAACCUCCAGCUGACGAUGCAACACUUUCGGAUCUUUCGGCGCCAUUGGGUGUCCCGGGUGUUGAGCUUUUUGGAGAUCUGCCGUGGUUCGCAGAUCUCAAAUUGCGAGGUCGCCUUUUGCAGGAGGUUCGACAGGCACAUGCGGCAGAGAAGAUCCUGGUUGGUGCACCGGCAGAAGAAAUUCAGCGCAUCCUCUCCCGCAAGGGUGGACAGCUAUUGGCAGCUGGGGCCGUUUUGCGAUUGGGAGGUGUACAUCAUGGUGGCUAUGGCGAAUCCGAUGUCAACUAUGCUUAUCGCCAGUUAUCACGCGCACUACAUCCGGACAAGAAUCCUGGCAUUCCAGAGGCGCAUGAUUCCUUCAAGCGCCUUGGCGAAGCAGCGGAGGAGCUGAAACAAGUUCUUGCAGAGUCACGCUUAGCUCUCAACAGCCUUUGCCAAGCCACAUUGGGAGCAGCUGCUGCGCAAGAGAGUUUGGAGCGACCGCAAGGUGAGCUCAUGGCAGAGGCCAGCAGACUUCUGGCAGCCGUCUUGUCUGUCUCAGGUGAAGGCACCAUCUCUGAAACCGCACUCUGGCGAGCUCCUCGCAUUUUUGUGCUACAGACUGGGCUCUGGCG